AUGACGAAGAAGAUCAAGAAGCUUGAGAAGGAGACCACGCUAUGGAGGACCAAAUGGGAGACCAACAACCAGACUCUACUGCAGAUGGCAGAAGAGAAAACGGUGCGAGACAAGAAUUACAAGGCCCUCCAAGGGAAACUGGAGCGUCUGGAGAAGCUUUGCAGGGCCCUCCAGAGAGAACGCAACGACCUGAACCUAAAACUGCAGGCCCUUCAGGACCCAGCGAAAGAUCCGGAGGAAGAAGGUACGGGGCCUCCUGACCCUCAGCCGCAGGUGCUUAACCCAGAGAUGGAGAGAGAGGUGGAGGGAGAGAUGGAGGGUUUGGUGCCUCAAACAGAGAAACUCAGGCUUCAGCCUGAGGAAGAGGGCACCAUAUCAUCCACACAACUCACUGACGAAUGAUCCUGGCCUUCUGGUGGCCUUUCUUUUCAUUUCUUUUUGUGGAGGUAUAUAUUUUUGUCUUAACUAUUAUCAUAAAAAAAAUUAGUGGGGAAAAAGCAGGACAUUAGUGAAGACGCUAACUACUCUAUACGUUGGUAAUCCGCUUUGUGAAAAGCACUUUUUACUCCCUGUUUUCUAUCACAUUGUAUUUUCGUAGGAAAUGAUCAUGUGGUCCAAGACGGCCGCCAUGCAGCUUUGUUUCGUACGUUUAUUUUCUUUUUCCUUCCCCCUGUUCUCUGCUCAGCUGUGCUGUGCUUGCACGCUUUUACGUUCCUCUUGCAUAAAAUGUAGCUCUUCGCUCUGACCUCUAGAAUCUGAAUAAAUCAUUUUGGAUGCGUAUAAUGUUAAAUAUUGCCAUUUUAAAAUAGUCAACAAGCCAGUCCAGCUCUAGAUGACCAGAUAACCUUGAGACUUGAGAAACGGGGCAUUAAUAACAGGGGGAGAUACAUUAACACACUCAACUACUCAUUGGCACUUUGAGUCUGAACCAAGACGGGUCCAUGACAAGUCACGCUUCUGUUGCUUUGAUUGAAAUGGACUUUAAAGGAAGAUACAUGUCUUCUAAAUAGGAGAGGGGUCAAGACUCCUCUCCGCCUGGGACUGGUUUUCUAAUGGGACUCUGAUUAAGGGCUAGUUUGACUUUGAAAAAGGCUGCUACAUUUCCAACAAUUAUGUGAAAUCCUAAGACAGGGUCGAAGAGUCUCGCUCCGCUGAAGUUUCAGAACUUUCUACGGGGAGGACUUUUUUUGUUGCAUGACAGACGAAGAGAAAGCAUCUUAACCAGCAGAAAAAAAAACUCCGCACUUAUAAUAAAAUUCCACAUGCAUUUAUAUUUCAUUAAAAUUCACUUCUCAAGCCCUUUUAUUUAAGAGACAGGGUAGUUGUUUUUGUUGAAUCUGGGUUUCCAAGCCAGUCAACCGUGGGAUUAGAUAACUGAAGCUGAUAAAACUGUAAAAUCAAUCUGCUUUUUUACCAAAAUCAUGUAAUUGACUGUCAUUAAAAAAAAAUUAUUUGAAUAUAUUUCCUAAUUUACUAUGAACUCUCCUUAAUAUUUUUUAAUAAGGAGGACAUAAAGUUUGCUAUUAGGGUGAGAUGACCUUUGUUUGAUAUGCUUUAUUGCCUUGAUGAUGCUGUUAAUUAGUCCUGAUGACCGCUUGUUUGUGUGUUUUUUCUCUUCUCUUCUUUAAAUGGUAUUUCACCCAAAUAUAUCGCUCCAUGUCGUUCCAAACCUGCGUGUCUUUUUUUCUUCUGUGGA